AUGUAUCUUUAUCCAAAUAAUUAUGAAUUCGAUUUGGAAAAAAUAUCGCCUACAUUAAUUCUUCCUGAAGCAUCAGUUAAAAUGGCAUCGAAAACGGAUCUGGUACACUUUGCCGACAAUCUGUAAAGACAAAAGUGACAAAAUUAAUUUUUCAGAAUUUAUGGCUGCUGUUGCUGCUAUAAAUUCAAGUGAUUGCGAAACACGACUACAUCUGGUUUGUGAUAAUAAUUUUUUUGAAAACAAUUUAACGUGUUUUUCUUUAUAUUUAGAUAUUUUCUGUUUGUGUAAAGAUUCACUUUUUUUUCAUUUUCUCUUAAUGUUUAUUAUUAUAUUUUUGUGAAUAGAUGGAACUAUUUACUGAUAAAUGACGAAGAUAUUAGAUAAUGUUGGUAUCUCUCAUCGACUAUUUCCUUUUCUUUUCCCUUCUGUAUAUCUUUUAAUUAAUUAUUUGUGUAAAUUAGCUGUUAACUUUGAUUUUUUUUAAAUUGAAAUAAAGAGAAACAAAAAAAACAUUAGUUUAUACAUUA